UUACGGCACUUCAGCCUCCGAAAGGAGGCCCACCUGAACAUCACAGAUAUAGGCUGCAAGUGUGUCCGAGUGAAGGUUGCAUCUGCUGACCGCCACACAGCUCCGCAAUGAUGCAUCCAACCGCCCAUAUGUCCGCCUCCAUAGAGGGCUUCCCACUGCACACACCGGCAGUCAUUCAAGUUCUCAAGCCCACCGGCUUUUGUUGCACUUACAGUUGUCUGGAUCCAAAGCUUCAGGUGACAUGUAAUUGACGGUUCCCUUAAUGCCACCUGCGGUGCGGUGACGGAUGCAACAAGCACAGACGCACCUCACUCGCCGCCUUCCGCCAUGCCAUGUCUCUUGCUACCUGCAGAAGAGCUCGACGUCACUUGAACAUUCCGCGUCAUGCCGAAGUCAGAUAUCUUGAUCACCAAAUACUCAGCCAACUGACAGACACGAGACACAACAAGAGGCUAUGGCCACCGACCGAGAGGUGAAGGUUGUCUGCCCUCACGAGAAUAUUGCCCGGUUUCAGGUCUCGAUGCAGGAUUCCGUGGUCGUGAAGAUACUGCACGCCCUCACAUAUCUAACGGCAAUCGACACACAGAUUGAGAUGAGUCACCUGAUGGCUCUGACGCUCGUAUGCUUUGCUGUACCUCUCUCACGAAUCUGUCUCGCACGUCGGGCGGCGGGGGUCCGUUCUUAGCGAGGUAGGACGCUAGAGAGCCGCCCUCACACAACUCUGAAAAUGACAAGCAGACAUCACGAGACAGCCUGGCUGGACAAAGCGAAGUGUAUGACCACCUGUGACGAUCAUGAGUCCGUGUUUCUUGUCUGCGCAAACACCUAACAGCCGCACGAUGUUGGGAUGCCGCAGUGAAAGCAUCGGCUCAGCCUCGAUCAGAGCGUCCUCCAUCGCUCCAGCCAUCAGCUCCUAUGCACAUGCCACAACAAGGCAUGCGAUAAACAAUGCACGAGCGGCGACAUCUCACACCCUCACGUCGUCAUCGACCUCCUGUCCGGUCUCCCUCGUUUCCUCUCUCAGCUUCUCCAUAUUUGUCACCUUGACCGCCACUGGCUGGCCGCGCCAAACGCCUCUCAACACCACCCCGAAUCCUCCACUCCCUUAGAAAUGCACACACAAAGAAACCAGCCCACUGACACUGACAGGUGGUUGCGGCCCGCAAUUAGAUUUUGUCGAGCUGACCAAGCCGCUUGUCCUCCACAGUCAGGUCCCUCGCCCUGAUCACCAAACGAGACGUGGCAGCCAUGGCGAAGACCUGAAGACGCGCCGGC